CUCUCCUGUCACCUGUGAGCAGUCAGCCGACAGAUGGAAAACUUCAUUCUGUAUGAGGAGAUCGGCAGAGGAAGCAAGACUGUUGUGUAUAAAGGUCGGCGGAAGGGAACCAUCAAUUUUGUGGCUGUUCUCUGUACUGAGAAGUGCAAAAGGCCUGAGAUAACCAACUGGGUCCGUCUCACCCAUGACAUUAAACACAAGAAUAUUGUAGCUUUUCACGAGUGGUAUGAAACCAGCAACCAUCUCUGGCUAGUAGUGGAGCUCUGCACAGGGGGUUCCUUGGAAACGGUGAUUGCUCAGGAUGAAAACCUUCCGGAAGAUGUUGUGAGAGAAUUUGGAAUUGACCUGGUCACUGGACUGCACCAUCUUCAUCAGCUCGGCAUUCUGUUCUGUGACAUUUCUCCUGGGAAGAUACUGUUGGAAGGACCUGGUACAUUGAAGUUCAGUAAUUUUUGCUUGGCCAAAGUAGAAGGCGAAAACUUGGAAGAGUUCUUUGCUCUGCUGGCAGCAGAAGAAGGAGGUGGUGACAGUGGGGACAAUGUGCUGAAGAAAAGCAUGAAGAGCAGAAUCCAAGGAUCGCCGAUAUACACAGCACCGGAAAUUGUGAGGGGCACCGACUUCUCUGUCACCAGUGACCUCUGGUCUUUGGGCUGUCUGCUUUAUGAGAUGUUUGCAGGAAAACCUCCAUUCUUCUCAGAAAGUGAUUCAAAGUUGAUUGAAAGGAUUCUGUAUGAAAAUCCUUUGCCACCUAUUCCAAAAGAUGCUUCUUUUCCUAAAGCAUCUUCAGAUUUUGUCGAUUUGCUCGAUGGGCUACUUCAGAAAGAUCCUGAGAAAAGGUUAACCUGGGAAGGUCUACUGCAGCAUCCAUUCUGGAACAACACUUUCACUAAGGAAGAGCAAGAAUCGGCCAGCAAUGAUGUCAACUGCAGGAAUGUGAUAGAAUGUUCUGGACCUCAGGAUUCCUUGAAGCUGAUGCAGACCCCUCUGAGUGGACAGGCCCAAGGGCAUCGGCUGAAUCACUCUUUCCGACUGGAAAAUCCAACCGAAUUGCAGCCUAAGAGUGCUCUUGGGGGCCAACCGAAUGAGUCCAUGUUUCUUCUCAGUUCCCGUCCCACUCCAAGAACAAGCACGACAGUGGGGGUGAGUCCGGGAGAGAUCGUGACUCAGAAUUCCCCCCAAAGGACUUCUUCAACCAAGGUUCCAAGCGGACGCCUCAGUCAGCAGGACCUGGAGUCCCGGAUGAGGGAACUCAUCUACACCGACUCGGAUCUCGUCGUCACCCCAAUUAUCGACAACCCCAAGAUCAUGAAACAACCACCAAUUAAAUUUGAUCCAAAAAUAUUGCAUCUACCAGUGCAUUCAGUGGAGAAGUUAAUAUUCCUGAAAGACCAAGAUUGGAGCAAUUUUUUGCAGCAGCUGUGCUCACAGAUUGAUUCCGGCGAGAAGAGCGCUGGGGCCUCCAGAACCAAACUGAAUCUCCUUUGCUAUUUAUGUGUGGUGGCCGGUCACAAGGAGGUGGCGCCCAGGCUCCUUCAUUCCCCGCUGUUCCAAUUGCUCGUCCAGCAGCUGCGAAUUGCUCCCAACUGGGAUAUACGGGCCAAGGUGGCUCGAGUGAUCGGUUUACUGGCCUCGCACACAACUGAGUUCCAGGAAAACACACCUGUUACGGAGGCAAUUGCUCUCCUAACUGAAUUAAUUCGAGAAAACUUCAGGAACAGCAAAUUAAAGCAAUGCCUCUUGCCGACCCUCGGAGAGCUGAUCUACCUGGUAGCUACCCAGGAUGAGAAAAGGAAGAACCCGAGAGAAUGCUGGGCUGUCCCCUUGGCUGCGUACACGGUGCUAAUGAGGUGCCUUCGGGAAGGGGAAGAGCGUAUCGUGAAUCACAUGGCAGCCAAGAUCAUUGAAAAUGUCUGCACUACCUUUUCUGCCCAGGCCCAGGGCUUUAUAACAGGAGAAAUUGGACCUGUUUUGUGGUACCUUUUCAGACAUUCCACUGUGGACUCCCUCAGGAUCACAGCAAUAUCGGCCUUGUGUCGGAUCACACGCCAUUCUCCCACCGCCUUCCAGAAUGUCAUCGAGAAGGUGGGGCUCAACUCUGUCAUCAGCUGCCUGGCUUCAGCCAUCUGCAGAGUCCAGCAGUACAUGCUAACCUUGUUCACCGCCAUGCUGUCCUGUGGGAUCCAUCUUCAAAGACUCAUCCAGGAAAAGGAUUUUGUCUCCACAGUUAUCCAUUUGCUCGACAGCCCUUCAACUGCCAUUAGGGCCAAAGCCUUCCUGGUGCUUGUGUGUGUUUUGAGUCAUAACCGUGAGAUGUUGCUGCUCAGCUGCCAAGCGAGACUGGUGAUGUACAUCGAGCGAGACAGCAGGAAGACCUCUCCAGGCAAGGAGCAGCACAGCGGCAACGAGUACCUGUCCAGGUGCCUGGAUCUGCUCAUCUGUCACAUGGUGCAGGAGCUGCCGGGCAUCCUGGGUGACAUUCUCACGGCCUUGGCCAACGUUUCCGGCCGCAAGCACCCAUCCACGGUUCAGGUGAAGCAGCUGAGGCUCUGCCUGCCCCUGAUGCCCGUGGUUCUGCACCUGGUGACCUCACAGGUGUUUCGACCCCAAGUUGUGACCGAAGAGUUCCUUUUCAGUUACGGCACCAUUUUGAGUCAUAUUACAUCGGUAGACUCCGGAGAAACGAAUAUAGAUGGAGCCAUUGGGCUGACAGCAUCAGAAGAAUUUAUCAAGAUCACGUUGUCGGCCUUUGAAGCAAUAAUACAGUAUCCUCUCUUACUGAAGGACUAUCGCUGCACGGUUGUUGAUUAUAUCCUGCCACCCUUGGUCUCGUUGGUUCAAAGCCAGAAUGUAGAAUGGCGGCUCUUCAGCUUGCGGCUGCUCUCAGAAACCACGGCUCUGCUGGUCAUCCAGGAGGUUGGGCAUGGCGAGGAGGAGGCGAGCGGCAACUCUGACAGUAGUCUUCUGGCCCUCAUCAGGGAUGUCCUGCUUCCGCAGUACGAACACAUUCUUACGGAGCCUGACCCAGUGCCCGCGUAUGCCCUGAAGCUGCUGGUUGCCAUGACUGAACACAAUCCAACGUUUACCAGACUUAUAGAAGAAAGCAAGCUGAUCCCACUCGUUUUCGAAGUGUGUCUGGAGCAUCAGGAGAGCUUUCUGGGGAACACCAUGCAGAGUGUGAUCGCCCUACUCAACAACCUGGUCGCCUGCAAAGAUUCCAACAUGAAGCUGCUUUACGAGCAAGGACUCGUCACUCACGUCUGUCACCUGUUCACCGUGACCGCCACACUGUGCUUGGACACGGACAAUAAAAGCAACACGGAGCUGGCGGCUGCGCUACUCUUCUCGCUGCUGGAUAUUCUGCACGGCAUGCUCACCUACACGUCUGGCGUCGUGCGGCUGGCCUUGCAGGCCCAGAAGUCUGGCUCCAGAGGGGACACACAGGCUGCAGAAGACCUGUUGCUGCUGAGCAGGCCACUGACCGACCUCAUCAGCCUGCUCAUCCCACUGCUUCCUAGUGAGGAUCCAGAGAUUUUUGAGGUCUCGUCCAAGUGCCUGUCUAUCCUGGUUCAGCUGUACGGAGGGGAGAACCCGGACAGCCUCUCUCCCGAGAACGCGGAGCGUUUCGCCGUGUUGCUGUCAUCCAAAGAGGACCCGAAGGACCAGAAACUUCUGCUGAGGAUCCUCAGGAGGCUGGUCACCUCCAGUGAGAAGCACCUGGAAGGCCUGAGGGCGGCCAGCAGCCUCCUGCAAGCGCUGGAACAGCUGGCCCCGGCUGGGGGAUUGUCUGCCGACAGUGCAGUUCCUUCCCUGGCCCUGGAAAUCCUCCAAGCCGCCAGGUGCUAAGCAAGGCCAGCUCGCUCCGGCAGACCUGUGCCACGUGACCUGCCCGCAGCUGUGUUUGGAUCUAAUAAAGCCAGCUGAACCUGA